AUGAACCCAUCUUUCAGAACACGCAGCAGUUUGUGACGCAUGUGGCAGCACAAAUCACAGCUUCAGACCAUUUCCAUCGUAGUACUGGGAAGCCGAACCUUCGUUGGAGCCCACGCGAUAGUCGAAUCAUUCUUUUUAGGGAGGCCAGUUUGACAGUUGCUUCUUCUUCAUUGGACAAGUGGUCUUUUUCCCAUGCUGCGUCGACCAUUGCUGCCUUGCAAGGCUUGGUCGUCCCACUUCCGGUGCUUGAAGAACUCGAGGCUAGCGCCACGACUUGUCAGUGAGGUUGCGCGGGAGAGGCCCUUUGAAUUUGUCAAAGAAGAAGGUCGUGGUCUCAGCGCACGUGCCAAGAGGGACCUCUCGCUGGGAGAUGUCGUGCUAAUUGAACAGCCAGUGCUGGCAGUGGAAAACAAUGGUAAAGGUGACGAGUGGAAGGAAGACCUCCACAGUCGGUACGAGGCUCUGUCAGAGGAGAGGCAAAGCCAGGUGUGGAAUUUACAUGAUGCCUGUCUUCAAAAGCCGGAGAAGUCACUAGAAGGUAUUCUUUUCACCAACUGCAUUGGUCGCAACCUCCCAGUGAGGUUUGAUGCAGCCCUUUUCUUGGAGCUAAGUCGCUUCAACCACUCCUGCAGUCCAAAUCUGGAGCAGACCUGGAAUGCCGAUACCGGAGAGGUGCGACUGGUCGCUGCGGAGCCAGUAAAAGCAGGCGAAGAGCUUUGCACGCACUACGUUGAGCUGCGCCUGGACCGGGCAGAACGCCGGCAGAGGCUGCAUGAGAACUACGGCUUUUGGUGUGAAUGCCCAGCCUGUGCUCAGCCCAGCGAAGAAAGCGACAAACGAAGGACGGAGAUCAAACGUUUGGCGGAGUCGAUCGAAAAAGAUCGGCAAGAUCGGCUGAAGAACAUGGAGCGUGGCGAACGGUCCGUGAAGAGAGUUCUGAAGCUGUUAGACAAGGAAGGACUCCACCUGUUAAGCUGGCGAAAGACGCACUGCUUGGCAGGCAUGGAAUUUGCCCUCCGUCAAGGUGAUCUCGCAAAAAGUAUUCAAUGGGCUCGGAAGGGCCAUCAAUACGCAAGGCUAGCACAUGGUCCAGAUCACCGCGAUACGAAGAUGCUGCUUCAACUCAUGGAGGACCCCAGCAGCCAUCCCGACUUCCAGUUUCGUACGGAUGAGGUUCGGCACUUAAAGCACCAUCCAAGUGUUUGAUGCAGCAGUGCAGCUGUCCUAUUUUUGAAGGGCUGCUAUGGCUGCUGCAUUUCCGCAAGAAGAGAACAUGUACGAGAGGGAGAGGAACCGGUGGCCUUUCUUCAAAGUUCUUGGGCUUUACCUGUCACUCAUUUGUAUCAGCCAGCACCUGUAAAGUCCCAGAGUUUGUAGCAAACGAGGGCAACUCCUCUGGGAGGAAAGAGAGGCGGUCAGCAGACUAGACACACCAUCAGCUAGGGCUUUCGACUCUUUUUUCUUUGCUUGCCGGAUCUUGCAAACAUGUACGGCAAACCCCCUCAGAUGAAAGACUGGACAGCAUACGUUGUGGUGAUGAGCAUCGCUUUCGUUGUCUUCACUGUUCUUUAUAUUUGACACGAAAAAGGCGUUUGAUGAGAAAGCUCAAGCUUGCCUCAAUUCAAGCUCAGCCAGCUUCACUCGAACUGACAUUUGGCUCAGGGAGGCUUGCUGGCCACGCAUACUGUAGCGAUAUCAGCGG